GCUCAUCUCCUCCCUCUUACCCUUUGUCGUCAUCAUGAGCUUCGCAAGCCGCUCGCUACUGCGCCUGUCGGCUGCUGCCAAGGUGGCUCCCAUGGCCCUUCGAGCGCCGGUUGCCUCUGCGCCUAGGAGAAUGGCCAGCACAAGUGGUUCUGCUUCGAGCGGGGAGGAGUAUGAGACCAACGAAACCUUCAGCACACCCUUCUGGCGAAACACGAUUCUCCUCACACUAGGUAGCGUGGCCAUCUAUCGCUUCUCUGUCAUGCAUGCUCAGCCUCACCCUUCUCGGGCCUCCUCCAGUGGCUACGCAUCGCCCGGCAACGAGUCCGAGGACGACCACCGAGACGAGAUCCAGGGCGAUGACCGACCAUUCCUGACCAAGUACAUUGAGCUGUGGUUCACACCUUCUGACGUAUGGAAGGAGAGGAAUCUGCACCAUCUGGACCUGGCUAGGGAGAAGGCAGAGGAGAAGUUAUUCUUCCAGGACGCGGAGAGGCCGCCCGUCCACAGGUUGCGAUACACUCACAAACAUUCCGUCUUCAGUGGUGCCCUCUCACCAGUACCCCCUUCUCCCAUACCUGCCCUACUCGAGGCUACCUCUUAUAUAUACCACCCGCCUAUCACUGCUUCGCCGAGGAGAAUCAAUCACCUCCUUGGAGCAGCUUCUUCAGUCCCCGCCAUUAAGCGCCCUCGUACCAUCACCAACGGCACUGAAGACGCAGCUUCAGCCGCUGCUCUAGAGAGAAUCGAUCAGCUGCACCCUUCCCACAUCGGCAACCCCUUUGCUUCUUCCUUGCCCGUGCUGCCCACGAUGUCUCUCUCCACCGGCUACGCUACCAUCCUCAACGAUCUCAACCGAGACGUCCUCAGAGCACAACCCGCCGAUCCUCUGCAAUUCUGCGCAACUUGGUUCAACACUAGGCUUGCAGAGGAGAGGAAGUCAGUCCUGGCGAAACAAACCGGUGACGCAGGAGGAUUGGCACCCGAUGUGAACAUGUCUGGCGCCAAUUCUCCUUCUCCCGCUGCCGCUGCUAGCGCCGGUCAAGCGGGCGUCUUCUCGUCGGCAAAUCCAUUUGGUGGAGCAUCGGUCACCCCCGCAGCUUCCUUCCUGGCACCAGAAGAAGAAGACGAUGAGGAGGAUGGAGCCGCCUUUGUCCCACCUCCCACCUUCAACCUCGGCCGCAGGACUUCCGUAUCCGCCGAGUCACUCGUACCCGGCUCUUCUGCUCACGAGGAAAUCAAGAAUAGCGUCAAGACGGUCAUUCCCAAGUCCGACAGCCAGCUCAGCCGAAUCGAAAAGGCGACUCAGGGAAACCUGCUCUUCCGUCACCUGGAGGAGGACCAGUACAAAGAUGUACUUCUCGCCAUGAAGGAGGUGCGAGUAGAGGCAGGCAAGGCUGUCAUCGAGCAGGGCGCACAGGGAGACUUCUUCUACGUCGUGGAAGAGGGUACCCUUGAUGUCUACAUUCGGCCCGCACCUGAAAUCUCACGCUCUUCCUCCAUCGGAAGCACAAAUACCGACGAUGGACCGCAGACGUCUACCAAUUCGCACCUCGGCGAGAAGAAGGUAUCGUACGGUCCCUCAGCCUCCUUUGGUGAGCUGGCGCUGCUCUAUGCCCAGCCUCGAGCUGCCACUGUCCUCUCCACCAGUCCAUGUAUCUUGUGGGCUCUGGACCGAGUCACCUUCCGCUCCAUCCUCAUGGAGACGAACAACCGCCGGAGGGAAAUGUACGAAUCGUUCAUCAAAGAGGUCCCCCUCUUUGAGCACCUGUCUGCCUCUGAGAGGGCAAAGAUUAGCGAUGCUCUGGAGCUGAAGACGUACGAAGCGGGUCAGGAGAUUGUCAAGCAGGGUGAGAGGGGUACCGAAUUCUAUGUCAUUGUAGAAGGAGAAGCAGAAGUGAGAAAGAAGACACUGGACAGGGAAGAGGAGACUGUGGGCAAGCUCGGUAAAGGAGACUACUUUGGAGAACUGGCUCUCCUCAACAAGGCUCCUCGAGCGGCCACGAUCCUGGCUUCCCCCAGCCCCCGACCCGGCUCGCCCGAGCGUCUGCGAGUCGCUACCCUAUCCGAGUCGGCCUUUACACGUCUACUCGGUCCCCUCAGUGGCAUCAUGGGUCGCCAUGCCCAGGAGCACUACGGCACCUCCUCUGCUGCCCCCUCUGCCCCAGCCCUCGCCCCUCCCAUCCUGAACAGUGGCAUGGCUGCGACUGACUUUGGGGAGAUUGCACCUCACAGCGUGGCCCCCACUGGCAUGGGUGGUCCUCAGCCUGGUGGUGGGACAUGGAUCAAUGGACUGGGCGCCAGUCCAUUUGGAGGCGCUGCGGGUACAGGAGGAGCCAGCGGGCCGCUCUCGCCCAGAGCUUAA